GUGCGUUUUGUUACGGCGCGCGUGCUCGCAUCCCAGCGUGUCCGCACUGCAGUUUUCAGACAGGUUUCGAGUUGAUAUUGUUUCGGUUUGCCUACCACAAAGUUCUGAGCCGUGAUGCUUGAGCCACUUUAGCUCGCGAACCAAGCGCUUUAUCAUGUUACCGAGGCGAUCGCUGCGAUGCUUACGCGCUUUCCACGCCGGAGCUACGGUUCCGGAGACGUUCGUCCGUGCCUCCCGAUUGCUGCAGCCCAGUGCGUCCACCAAGUCUGACGCAAAGCAGGCGCUUUGUAAAAGCCAGAAGCUCAUGCUGGAUCAUGGACUGAUAAGCUCGGCAGGACCCGGAACAUUCGCUUUGCUCCCUCUGGCCAUGAAAGCGCUGGAGAGCCUAGUCAAUCUGAUCGACUCCGAGCUGCAGCGAGUCGGCGGCCAGAAGACCUACUUCCCAUGCCUUGUGCCAAGCGCUCUUUUCAAGAAGACGGGUCGCUUGGACAAAUUGGGCCAAGAACUGUUUGUUCUGAAGGACAGGAAGGACCACGACUACUGCCUUGGACCUACUCACGAAGAAGCUGUAACACAACUCGUAGCAUCCUUGAAGACUUUGCCUCACACAUCACUGCCACUUAUGUUGUAUCAGAUAACUCCAAAAUUUCGUGACGAAGCACGGCCAAAGUUUGGACUACUUAGGGGUAGAGAAUUCAUCAUGAAGGAUAUGUAUUCAUUCGACAAAACCGUUGAAGAAGCUGCUAGUACUUAUAAUCUAGUGUGUGAUGCAUAUGUUAGGAUUCUGCAGCAACUUGAAGUUCCCUUUGUCAAAGUGAAGGCAUCCACAGGUGCCAUGGGUGGCAGUUACUCCCACGAGUUCCAUUUUCUUAAUGACAUCGGCGAGGAUCGCCUACACGUAUGCACACAGUGUCAGACAGGCCUUAGCAUUGAUGAAGUCAGCUCAGAUUUCCAAAACGGAAUGUGUGAGAAUUGCGGAGGGCGCCUUCAAGAAGCUAGAAGUAUUGAGGUGGCCCACGCCUUCUGCCUUGGAACCACAUAUUCUAAGCUGCUCAGUGCUACCACACAACAUGCUGACGGCAAGAACAGACCGUUUGAGAUGAACUGCUUUGGCAUCGGCGUCACACGCCUCUUGGCAGCGUGCCUCGAAAUGCUUGCUUCGGAGGACCGCAUGCAGUGGCCACUUUCUAUAGCGCCAUUCAGGGUUGCCAUCAUUACGCCCAAGCGAGGCAGCCAUGAAGCAGCAAGCUUGCCUUUGGCAGAACACCUAGCAAGGCAGCUCAGUUCACUCGACCAACUGCAAGGUGCAGUCAUUAUGGACGACAGGGACGACUGGACAAUCGGGAGGAGACUAAAGGACCUUGACACCCUGGGAACGCCUUACAUCAUUGUUGCUGGCAAGAAGACCAAGGAACCGGUGCCCCUGUUUGAGCUUUACGACACAUUACAAAGUUCGACAGCUGAAGUCACGCAUUCGGAGCUUCUGCACUUCUUCCAAUUCGGACCUCUGGCAGUAAAGAGAAUAUAUUGAACUUAAUUAAUUGGCUUA